AGAAAAGGCACAGGCUGCACAUCGGAUAACAGAUAAGCUCUGUCAGGGCUGGAACUACCCCUAGUCUGGGCUCUUUUCACCCACAAAGCGUGCAUGAGAGUUUGUCUAGAAUGCUCAGCUGGCUUGAAAUCUAUAGUAUAAAAUGGGAUUCUACAGUGCUUAUCAGUUAUUCCUUAUUUAUCCUGUGAUUAAAUGGCUGCCCCCAUAGUUACACAGUAGCUUGUUUAUAUAGAUUAUGGCAGAUGUUCGGUAGUUAACAUAUCAGUUUUAACAAUGCAGGACAUUAUAUUGUCAUUCCUUUAAAAAACUUAUAUUAAGAUGUUACUGUUCCUUUAAGAGAUCAGGUUAGGUGAGGAGUGGUGCCAAAGGAAUGAAUACAGCAUUGCCUAUAGUUGUGAUGUAGGUCUUUGUGCUUCAUCUUGGAGUUCAGUGACCUUCAGUAAUUGUGGUCACAUUGCAUUACAAAAGCAACAGAGCCAAAAUGUUUAAUGAUGUUAUCCAGGACAAAGAUUUUUUUUUUUCCGCAAAACACUGUGGAUUUAUUGUAGCCUAACCUGCCCUUAAAUGUUGCAGUGUAUAAGCUUGUUUAUGAAGCGGAUUUAUUUCUAUUUGGCAAUACACACAAUAAACACUUAUCCGAAAGCAAGCACUGUGCAGUGUAUUUAUUUUGGUAGCUGCCAUUCUAGUUAUGUAGCAAUGUAUAUCAGUGUUAUAAAGAACAGCAUUACUUUCCAGAGCACUUAAGGCUGCUGCUUUAUUUCCUGACUGUUGUGCAGUGCUGGUACACUAGAAUAAAUAAACACAUGAAACUUUCAGGCAAAGGCUGAUGCACAGCAAAAAUUUAAUUCAGCUUCGGGUUGUUACAUAUAAAAUGCUAUUUAUCAGCUUAGUAUGAUCACUAAUUGUUUAACACGUUUAUUAAUUUUAAUAGUGACUGUAAAAUGAAAAACCCCAGAUGAUCUCCGUUAAAAGGUUAUAGCCUUUUAAUGCUAUGUUUGAUGAUGUUUCGCACCCACGAAGCACCACAGGUUAAAAAGGGUAAGCUAUUUCCAAUUAUUUCUCUGCGGCUCUUUGAAACGUGUUAUGCGUUGCCCAUUUCAAUUCCUAAACGACUUCCCUGUAAAUAAAUAAAAAAAGCACAGUCUUUAAUGAGAACAAUCAAUCAAAAGGCAGGCUGAGGACCAGUCAACCUUUUGUAGGUGUAUAAGGAAAUCUAGGCAAAGUACUUUUAAAUUAAAGUAUAAAGACCACUUGCUGUAUAUCUCAUUUUAUUUCAAACAGAAUUCUACAAGUCCUGCAACUUACCUGUAACACAUAAGGACUGCUGUUUCCUCCUGAAAGUUCCCAAUACUAAACAUCUCUGCAAUGUAAUUUCAUUUCUCCGUCCCACCCUGUACUUGAGUUUCUUUUGCCAAAUCCCUGUGAGCCUCUCUGUGACCCAGCCCAUGCAAACACUGGCAUACUGUAUACACAUACACAGCUGAAAGGUGGAGUCCCAUGCUAACUAAGCCUCUUCUUAUUGGCAGGAAUAAUGCUGGAGAACUGUACACCAUAUAAAUAAUUAGAUGCUCUCUCAGAAUCCUAGUGCCUAGAGGUAUGAUAUUAGGGUUUGGAUGACAAGCAGAAGACAACCAUGAAGGGCAUUUGGAAAGCUCCACUUGCCCUGUACAUAUACAGCUUGCUGGUACCUUUGGUGUCUGCAACAAUGGAACAUUACACAAGAUUCCCAUUUAACAUAAAGUUCAACCAUGUGCAGCACAAGUGCCUACCUAUUAUGGAGGAGCAAGAUGAUCUUCCGGGGUUUGACCUGAUUUCUAAGUUCCAGAUCGAUCGAGCUGCUUCUGUGGGAGCUAUUAAAACUGUUGUGGGCACAUCUCCAUUCCAAGUGGCCUAUUAGUUAGGCACCAAUGUUGAUUUCAGGAUUCAGACAAGAUACAUCUACGCCAGUGGAUUAUCAGAGGUAUAUUCGUUCAUGUUUACCUUCCGCGUGAGGGAUGGCACACAGAACAGAUACUGGAGUGUCUGGCAAAUUGUAGACUCUAAUGGAAAACAACAGGCUGCGAUCAAUUUCAAUGGCCCAAAAAAGGCUCUGGAAUUUGUAUACAAGGCAACAGAUGGGAAAACCCAUACUGUUACCUUUCCCAAUCUUCCCUUCCUAUUUAACAAUAAAUUUCACAAAGUUUUGUCUUUUCAGCGUGGAAAAGACAAAACUCACCCUGUAUAUUGACUGUAUUAAAGUUGAUACGUUCACUUUGGUGCCACAAGGAAAAAUCACAGCAGAUGGUUAUACAAUCCUGGGGAAGCUAAAGAACAACCAUGAGAUAGCUGUGCCGUUUGAUCUACAGUGGAUUUUGAUUCAUUGUGAUCCUUUGAAACCUCAAAGAGAAUCCUGCACUGAGCUGGAGGCCAGGAGAGAGGUCGAGAUGGCCUUGCUAGAGAGAGGACCACCCGGCCCCCCUGGGCCUAUGGGACCCCCUGGGCCUUCAGGAGUUCCUGGCAUUGACGGUAUUGAUGGAGACAGGGGUCCAGGCGGUCCUCCGGGCCCACCGGGUCUGGAUGGCGACCCAGGCAAAUCUGGAUCACCGGGAAUACCUGGCGAGCCCGGGGCUGAUGGGCUGACAGGACCUAUAGGAUCUCCUGGCAAAGUUGGACCAAGAGGGCAGAAAGGUGAACCCGGACUGCCAGGUUCUCGAGGAUUACAAGGCACUGGUGUUCCUGGACCAAGGGGGGGUCCAGGUGCCCCUGGACUUCUUGGAGAGUUAGGACGCGGUGGACCAAUGGGUGAUGUUGGUGCAAGAGGUGUUCCAGGGCCACCAGGACCACCAGGUCCACGAGGCCCAACUGCACAAGGAGAACCCCUGUGCCCCAAUGCUUGCCCACCAGGAAAACCAGGAUAUCCAGGCUUGCCAGGCAUGAAGGGCCACAAGGGUGUAAAAGGAGAAGCUGGUGAGCCAGGAAAACAAGGCCAUAAGGGAGAAGAAGGUGAACAAGGAGGAGUUGGGGAAAUUGGUUCUCAGGGACCUCCGGGUCCGCAAGGUUUGAGAGGUAUCACUGGUAUAAUGGGAGCCAAAGGCAGCAAGGGUGCCCGUGGAACUGAUGGAGAGCCUGGUCCUCGGGGAGUGGCUGGUGCAACUGGUGAUCAAGGUCAACGCGGGGGUUUGGGAGAAACAGGACCAAAAGGGGAACGGGGGCCUGUUGGACCAAGGGGCAUAACUGGAAUGCCAGGAUCUAAAGGAGAGUCGGGGUUGCCUGGUGUUGAUGGUCGUGAUGGAAUUCCAGGAUUGCCGGGUGCAAAGGGUGAAUUUGGAGAACCAGGGGCUCCCGGAGAAGUUGGGCUUCAGGGAUUGCCAGGUAUGCCAGGCAAUCCUGGUGCCAAGGGAACAGCUGGAGAGAAGGGUAACAGUGGAGCUUCAGGUGUACCUGGCCUAAUGGGAAACUCUGGUAAACCUGGUGAUCAAGGACCACAAGGCGAAGUUGGCCCAAGAGGACCUGUUGGUUCACCGGGUGAAAGAGGAGAAGCAGGGCCCGUUGGUCCCACUGGACCACUUGGAAAACAAGGUCCUCAAGGAGAUCCUGGGUUUAUUGGCCUGCCUGGUCCUCCUGGACUUCCGGGACUCAAAGGUGACAGGGGUACAGUUGGUGAGACUGGACCUAAAGGUGAGCAGGGUGGUGCUGGAGAAGAAGGGUUUUCAGGAGAAAAGGGAGAGCUGGGUGAUGUUGGAAAGUCUGGUGCAAAAGGAGCUUCUGGAAGCCCAGGGGAGUCAGGUAAUCGUGGCCCAGAAGGAAGCCGUGGACUGCCUGGAGUAGAAGGUUCCCAGGGAUCACCUGGUCCUCGGGGUAUGCAGGGGGAGCAAGGUGCACCUGGAUUACCUGGAAGCCAAGGACCUUCUGGUAGAGAGCCAACUGAUCCACACAUUAAGCAAGUCUGCAUGAGGGUUCUUCAAGAACAAUUGGCCCAGUUGGCAGCCAGUCUGCGUCGGCCUGAAUCUGGGGCUGCAGGACUUCCUGGGCGACCAGGUCCACCUGGACCUCCAGGGCAACCAGGAGAUAAUGGCGUACCUGGGCAUUCUGGCCUUAGAGGACUACCAGGGCUUAAAGGACCUUCUGGUGAGAUUGGUCUUAAAGGUCCAAAAGGUGAUGCAGGAGAAAGAGGUGAAAGAGGAUUACCGGGAAGAGGUUCAAAGGGAAUUCCUGGUCUGCCAGGUCUUCCAGGUGAACCAGGGAAGCCAAGCUAUGGUCGAGAGGGACGUGAUGGAGAGAGAGGCCCACCUGGUCCUGCUGGUUCGCCAGGAAUACCUGGACCGCCUGGCUCUUCUGGCCCAGCAGGAUAUUGUGAUCCAUCCUCUUGCAGCCUUCAAGCUAUUGCUGCUCCUCAGUCUGGUAAAGACAUGAAAGGGCCUUGAACUAAUUCUUAAUGCUGUACCACAUUACUGCCUGCACUUACAUGACAUUACAGGAUGGAAUCAUUUGGAAAUGACAAUAAAGAAGACUUUCAUUCUAAAAAGCAGGCAUUAACUUACUUUAUAUGUGGGAACCAAAAGGAAACCAACAGAUUUUGGAGAAUGUGGUGCUUAUAAAACUACUGUAAGGAGACCUUCUCUUCUCAUAAGCAGUAAAGCAAAGAAAUAAUUGUUUUAAUUAAGAAAUAUAUCUCACUCUCCUGAGCCACCAUGUAAAUCCCAAAGGAAGAAGAAAUGGUUUGUUUUCACCUCAACUUUUAGCCACCGCCUUAGUCAUUGUUUAAAAAUCCACUGACUGUCCAGCAAACAUAUCAACAAGAUACCUAGAAGAUUGUCCUAAUAUUAGGCAGCAGGAAAAGCAACUGUGAAAGCACCAAUAUGUUUUGCUAGCAGAAACUGCAAUGCAAGAACACCAAGCGACCACAAAUUAAAAUGAUCAAUUUGCAACUAAGUACCCCGCUAAUUAAUAACCCCCCUUUGGCAUCAAAAUCAUUGUAAAUGGAUUUACAUAAAACGGGGAGACACUUUCUGUAAAAUCUUGCUACACUGAGUAUAAAUAUGCUGUAAAUGUGUAAAUGUGGGUCACUCUGACAAUCAAUAUGCAAUGGAAAUGAUUGUUUUGGGUAGAACAGGAGCAACGUAUUGGCUUAGGUUUUGCAUUGUCUUUAUCAAAGCAUUGCAACACCUUUUCUGUGUGACACCAGCAGGGCAAUGCAAGCUCAAAAACAUGAGGUUUCCCCAUAAUAAAAUUGUUUUGUAGCUGAGAAUAUUUAUUUUCAUGUGGCAUCUCUGGUUGUACAAAGGAAAGAAAUAAAUACUGUUUUGUAACCCUG